AUGGCCAUGGAGGCUCUGUCCCCUUGGCCCGGCAACGGCAGCAGGGCCCUGUGCCCCGUGGACACUGCCUUUGCCCAGCGCUUCUUGCCUGCUGUCUACCUGGGGGUAAUCCCCUUGGGGCUGGUGGGGAACGGGCUGGGGCUGUGGCACCUCUGCGCCCGAACCCGGCGGGGGGGGGCGGGCAACCUGGGCCUGGCUGACCUGCUGUACGUCAGCACGCUGCCCUUCCUCGUCAGCUACUACCUGCGGGACAGAGCAUGGCUCUUCGGGCAGGGCUGGUGCCGGCUCCCCCGGGGCCUCUUCCACCUCAACCUCUACGCCAGCAUCGGCUUCCUCACCUGCAUCAGUGUCCACCGCUACCUGGGCAUCGUGCACCCGCUGGAGGCACGGGGAAGGUGCCAGGAGUCAAGCUCUUUGGCGUGGCUCAGCGCAAUGGUCUGGGCAUGGGUCAUCGCGCAGGUGGUUCCCGAUCUUGCCUUCAGCAAGAUGGAUGCCACGGGGACGCAGUGCCACGACACGACAGGGCACGAGAGCCUGGGCGUUUACCUGCUGUACACUGCAGCCAUCACCGUGACUGGGUUCGUCAUCCCGUUCCUCAUCAUCAUCGGAUGCUACUGCCACGUGGUGGUGGUGCUCUGCAGGAAUGACACCGUGGACCUCGGCCUCAAGAGAAGAAGCCUCAGACUGGUGAUUCUCGUGAUGGUCCUCUUCUCCAUCUGCUUCCUCCCCUACCACAUAUUCAGAAACCUCAACCUGCUCUCUCGAGCCUGGCAGCUGCAAGGAUCCUGCACACAGGCUUUAAAGAACAUCUACGUUUCCUACCAGGUUACUCGGGGUCUGGCCAGCCUCAACAGCGCUCUCAACCCUCUGCUCUACGUGAUGAACAGCGACAACUGCAUGUCACGUAUGAGGACCAUCCACCAAAGAGCCAGCCAGUCCCUGGCAUCCACCUUCAGGAGGAAAACCUCUUGCCAGGCAGACAAGAAGACGAGCAUCAUUCUUUGUGAGGAGGAGGAUUCGGAUGAGCUCUGA